UUACCCUUUGUAGUUGUAUUUUCAUUAUAUAUGCAUGUUCUGCUUGGAAGUCUUUAAAAAUUUUAUAAACACGAACAAUCGUAAAAUUGCAUAAAUUUAGUUUUGCUUCAGCUUUCGACAUUGAUUUAACAAUAGAAAUAAAGUUUUGGCAAUUAGAAUAUGGAAGAAUAUUCCCGUGAGCCGUGCCCGUAUCGCAUUAUGGAUGACUCCGGUGGUGCCUUUGCCAUGGGCUCCAUUGGUGGCGGCAUCUUUCAGGCAAUGAAGGGUUUCCGGAAUGCACCGCAGGGAUUGAGUCGCCGCCUCAUGGGGAGCAUAACAGCUGUGAAGGCGCGCUCACCGGUGAUUGCCGGCAACUUUGCUGCCUGGGGCAGUUUGUUCAGCACCAUUGACUGCACCCUGGUGCACUUCAGGCAGAAGGAGGAUCCAUGGAACUCGAUCAUCAGUGGAGCCGCUACCAGUGGCAUUCUUGCGGCACGCAAUGGUCUAGCCUCUAUGGCGGGAAGUGCAAUCGUUGGUGGGAUAUUGCUAUCCUUGAUUGAGGGCGUUGGCAUACUCAUGACCCGCUUCUCUGCCGAUCAGUUUCGCAAUUCGGCACCACCCCUUGAUUCACAUGAUGACAUGGAAUCGGAUUCAUCUAAGCGAUUUGGUUUUGGUUCAGGAACUCCAAAUGUUAAUUAAUAAAUUCGAUUUGUUUAUAAACUGAUCAAUUAGUUUAGGCCCAUCUGGUUCGGAAUGAAAACGAGACUAAAUUAUUGUCCGUUGGCAAUGAUGGUGAUUAUGCAAAAGCCUUGCAGAUUAAGCAAAUGGCGCAGGAUUUCUUCAGUUACUACUAAUAAUAAUGUUAUAAAUAAUGA